GAGACAGGCAGAAGUGGAUGGCAGCAGACUUGGAUGCACAGCUUUGAAAUCAGGAGUGAGACCUGGACUUUGGGAUAAUUCCAGGGAGGAGGGUGUGGUGGAAUACAUCAAGACUUUCCCUGGAAGUGUUCAGAUAGUGGAGAGACAAGAGAAGGAACGCCUAACACAUUGAACUGUGGUUCAGGGGGGUCCAGAUGGCAGGCAUGAGUGGCCCGGCCUGCACUGGAGUCUGGCUCUAGAGUCCACUGAGGCUCCCACUUUAACUGGACACAUUCCACAGGACGUGUGCCCAUGAGGUCGUCACCACUGGUCCUGGUCCUCCUGAUUGGCGUCCAGGCUGUACUAAACAUGGGCGGUGGACUGGCCCAGAGUGCUGGGUUAGCCAACCAGAAAGCAGGACAGCAUCAGCAGUCCACAGCGUCAGGGGACCAGAAUGCUGAACAUCACAGGACCAAGAGGCCUCAUCGAGCAGGCUCAUACACACCUGAUCCCUCCAUCCCUGUGGUGGACCCCAAGCUCUUCUCCAAGAGACGCUACCGCUCAUCGCCCCGUGUCGUCUUCAGUGAGGUGCUGCCCUCCCAUGACGCCCUGGAAAGCGAGGGCCAUGACACUGAAGGGGUGAGGGGUCUAAGGGUGAGGCGCAAAGUGGGGUCGCACACCAUGCGCAGAGGAGAGUACUCAGUCUGUGAGAGCAAUAACAGCUGGAAGGGCGACAUGACCCGCGCCACAGACAUCGCUGGGAAUGAGGUGACCGUGCUGCCCAAUGUCACAAUCAACAAUGUGGUGAAGCGGCAGUGGUUUUGGGAGACCAUCUGCCUAACCCCAACGCACAGGGGCUCUGGAACAGCAAACGGGGGACGGGUGGGAGGAAGGAUGGGGGGACGGAACGGCAAACAGGGCUCCAAAUCGGGCAACUCGGGCUGUCUCGGCAUCGACAGUCGCCACUGGAACUCCUACUGCACCAACUCACACAUAUUUGUAAGCGCCCUAACCAUCUUCAACGAACGGACAGCCUGGCGUUACAUCCGCAUCAACGCCGCGUGUGUGUGCGUGAUCAGCAGGAAGUCUUGGGCGGGACACUGACUGGGGAGAAAGACAGCCCUGCCCUACCCAAAUAUGAACCAAUGACACGUUUCUUGGCCACGACAGCUUUUUUGCCAAUACUGUAACUCUUGUUCCCAGUCUACACACACACACACACACACAGUUUCCUCGUUCCAGCCCGGUGCCCGCCCUUCACCCUACCUCAGUCCAAGAAGUCCUGGUUGUUUUAAAUUAAAAUAUUUGCAUGUUAUAUUUAUGGUUUAUACAGUCAAAUAUGAAAAUAUACAGUAUGUGUACAUAUUCGAACUCAAGAUUUUAUUGUUGUUACAUGUUGUUUUGUUGUUGUUUUUGUUAUUUAUUCAACACAUCUGUACUUGCCUGGUUUGUUUUAUCAAUUUUUGAAUAUGCACAUUUAGAAUUUUUACAUGAAUGAUGGAUAAAAAUGACCAACU